AUGUUCACCGGCAAUGUCCUGUCCCAGUUUUUCCUGGCAACCGCCUUCUCUGCCGCUCCACCUUCGGGUCCUGACGCUCCUCGUGGUCGGGGCGGUGUUCCCUUCGACUUCCUGAGCUACGGGUACGCCUCCUACACCGGGGACGCCGCCGGGCACACGUCCUACGGCAGGAGCCUGGUCACGACGGCGGCGAAGGUGUGGGACCAGCGCGACCAGCUGGGCCUCAAUCCCUACGUCCGCGGCGGCCGUGGAUUGGAUUCCAUGACACAGAUCCUGGACGAUAUCGCUGACGCCAUCUUGAAGUAUGAAGGACUGGAGGACAAUGUCGUGGGACAAUCUCGGCAGAGCAAAGUACUCCAGCAAUAGGACAGCUGCAACACAAAAAAAAACUUGAGUUUACCCUUCAACGCGCACAAUAGAAAACGGGAAAUAUUCUUCAGCUACAGUGACUGGAGAUGCUUACAAUUGGAUUGUUUAUAAAUAAUUCUUUGCAGGCCGAAGAUAAUGUCGUUAUAGUUGCAAUAAACUAAUAUUCUAUUAAA